AUGGCGCGGGCCUCAGAUCCUUCUCCCCAAACAGCUCCAACGCAGGUCCAAUCUACACAGCUAUCCGUAGCCACGGACGACGAGAUAGACUCCAAGCCACAUCCGCACCUGAAAGCUGGGCACCACUUACCACUAUGGCGCAAAUGUCUGAUCUUAUUUGUCGUCAGCUGGAUGACAUUGUUGGUCACAUUUUCAAGCACAUCCCUGUUAACUGCGAUUCCUGAAAUUGCCAACGAUUUGUCGACGACCCGGGAAAUCCUGAACAUUGUGAAUGCGGGUGUCCUGAUUGCAAUGGGAUUUUCGUCAUUCAUCUGGGGCCCCAUUUCUCAGAUUGUUGGCCGGCGCCAUGCCUAUAAUAGUGCAACUUUGGUGCUGUGCGCAUGCUCGGCGGGUGCCGCAGUAUCAACCAACUUACAUUCUUUCGUUGCGAUGCGUGUAUUGUGCGGUCUCACGGGAACCUUCUUCAUGGUCGCGGGUCAGACCAUCAUUGCAGAUAUAUUCCGGCCAACUGUGCGUGGGACUGCGGUGGGGUUGAUGAUGGCUGGCUCAGUGAGCGGACCUGCGAUCGGCCCAUGUGUUGGAGGAGUGAUUGUGACAUUUUCCCAGUGGCGUGUCAUCUACUGGCUUCAAUUCGGAAUGACCCUUUUUGGGUUGAUAUUGUCCUUGAUCAUCAUUCCAGACAUCACGAGGCAUCGGUCCCAAUCUGUCGAGAAACGACCGAUCAGCUUGUUUUACGUCGUCCGGCUCUUCAAUCCUCUGCAUGUGUUCCGCCCUUUCAUCUACCCGAAUGUUGUCCUCUGUCAUUUUACCUGUGGCCUACUAGCAACUUUCCAGUAUGGCUUUCUCACCUCUGCUCGCUCAAUUUUCAAUCCUCGCUUCCACCUACAAACACCUCUGGUCAGUGGCUUGUUUUAUCUAUCACCGGGACUGGGCUUCCUCAUUGGAAGUAUUGUAGGAGGCAAGUUAUCGGAUCGUGCGGUCAAACAAUGGAUCAAAAAGCGCAACGGUACAAGACUGCCUCAAGAUCGGCUGAACAGCGGGCUUGUCAACUUGUUUGUCGUUCUUCCAUCAUCUACUCUGAUCUACGCAUGGACGUUACAACAAGAAGUGGGCGGCAUGGCUGUACCGAUCAUCAGUGCCUUUGCUGCUGGUGUAGGGCUGCUGGGCACUUUCAAUGGGCUCAACACUUAUUCAGCCGAGGUAAUCCCACAACUUCGCUUUCAAGUGAUCAGUGGCAAGUACGUGAUGCAAUACGCCUUUGCCGCGGCAGCCACAGCCUCUGUCGAACCAUCGAUCGGCUGUAUCGGCGUUGGCUGGACAUUUACCAUUUAUGUAUUCUUGGCGCUACUCGGCGGACUUUGUGUCUGUGCCAUUAUCCGAUGGGGGUUUGACAUGCAACGCUGGGUAGAAAGGACAUUCGACGUUGACGAGAAACCAUCAUCUGCAUAG